CCGAACGUUGGGCCAUAUCCGGCAAAAGUCUGGGUCAGAGUCACAAUUUGUUAGCGGAGAAAUAGUUGAAUAUGGAGGAGGACGCCAAUCAACCUAAAAAAGGCAUUUUGAGGAACAAGUCUGAAGAUAAACACCACUCAGGUAUUCAUUGGGAUGAAAUGAAUAUUUUGAUGACACAUCAUCCCCCAGAUAAAGACUAUGGCCAUAUGAAGAUCAAUGAACCUCCGACGCCAUACAGUAAAUGGAAAGAUCCAGGUGAUGAUGAAGGUGAAGGGACAGCAGAUCCCUUUUCUGAUGAUGAAGCUGAUCCACAAAAGUUAGAUCCAGAAAACUUACAUGACAGGAUCAAAGAUGCUCCAAAGAGAGGCUCCUGGGAUGAAAAUGCAGACAAUGAUGAUGAUGAUGAUGAUGAUGAUAUUGACGAGGAUUUAUCAGAAAGUCAGAAAGAACAUAAAAAAGCAUUUAAAGACAAGAGAAGGGUACACUAUAAUGAAUAUUCUAAAGUUAAACUUGCAAGGAAACUUAUAGAGCAAGAGUUAAAAGAUCUAGAAGAUGACAAUGAUGGUUCAUUAGACUCAGCAAAGGAAGGAUCAAGUUCAACAGAUGCUUGUGCAGCUGAUACUCAGAUGGAUGAGACAUAGGACCAUAUUGAUUGUUGCUCAAGUCUAAAUGACGUAGUCUUGUAAUAUUGUACAACUAGCAAGAAAAUGUUGACAGAUUGUAACUGUAAACUGUACAGAUAGCAAACAGCAGCAAGAAUAAGAUUAUAUGAAAAAAAAUAUUUGAUUGUAGGUAUAUCAUAGCUUAAUUUACAGAACAACAGAAGAUUCCAUGUUUACGAGUGUCUUGGCAGAAAUAAAGAAAAAUAAGGAAAAACUUGAGGCAAGAAUAAUUUGUAAGUGUUUGAUGCACAUUGUACCUUUGAUACAAAGUUAUAAAUUAUUGCCCAUAUAGUAAAAAUCUUUUUAGUGGCCUGCACAGGAGGUGCGCUUUUUAACUGGUGUUAGAGGUAAACUUAUCCUUGCUUGAGCCAGAAGUCACAUCACUGAUACAGAAGUCAUAGAUAUGGCUGUUUUUCUCUGUUUAACCUUUUAACUCUCAAGAUCUGAUUUAGAAUUCUCCCAUUUAGCUGCAACACAUUUCCUUGUGACUUAGUUACAAGAAUUAGGUGUUAGAUCAAGAUAACUGCUUCUAUCCCGUAACUUAGUAUUUUCAUCACAUAGCUGUGUACUGGAUAAUGUAUAGAUAUUGUAUAGGGAGAAGUUACAUGUUAAUCACUACUUCUGGGCAUUUAAGGGUUAACAUUUUACAUGCAUUCUCACCAGGCAACAGCUUUGUUAGCUGAUUAUUCUUAAGAUUUACAAAGGGAAAUAUUUUAAUCCUAAUUUAUUGUGAUUCCCUCAAAUACAAAACUAAGUUAAAUUUUCAGAUUAACAGUGCAAAGUUCUGUCAAUCCUUAUGUUCCCAAGAUCUCAAAGUUUCUUUUUGUGACAAACAUCACACACUCCUUUAAAAGUCAAUCUUUAGAAUUUAAUGUACUAACAGGAAAUUUUAUUGUGCACAAAAAUUAGAGUUUUUUUCAGAAUUAUAGAUUAUAAAUGAACUUUUUUUACUUUAGAUUUAGAGUGGUUGAUUUAACACUUCAACUCUAGCUUUGAUUAUCAUUUUCUUAUCUUUUUAUGGAAAAUGUAUUUCUCAAGAUGCUUCUUUGCACCUUUGGGAGUGUGAAUAACUGAAAUGAUAAACACAAGCUAACAAAGUUACUUAAAACAAUGGAAUAGUCCCAAGUUUUUUUUUAUUAUUGUGACCACCUCCAUUUUCUUCGAUAAAUUCCACAAAUUUUUUCAAUGCACUUUGUGCUGUGAGGCAGAACGACAGUGAUGGUAUUAAAUAGGCAGUAUAUUUACUCCAUAAACACCUAGCUCCAGUUGUUGGAUAAUGCUAUCCAAUGGAUAAAUUCCCUUCUUCCUCAAAAAAAAAAUAACAGGUGAACAAAAGAAAAUUAAGUUACUACGUAAUGCAAGAUCUUUGUGCAAGUUGCAGUAUAAAGCUCUGAGACUUCCAGAUUGACUACAAAAAUAGCACUUAAACCUUCUUUGCACUGAACAUCAAAUUCAAUGUCCACAUAGAUUAGAUGUUAAACAAGAUAAUUCAUAAUGGCUCAGUUUUCCGAGAUGCAUGUGUAAAUUGGGUCUUCCUCAAAUCAAUCAGUUUACAUGACCUUUAUCCUCAAGUUGACAAAAGUAAACUUUGAGAUAACAAAUCUCUCCAAAAUUUCACUGCCCUCCCUCAUAGUGUGAUAAUUUGUUAUUAUAAAAGUACAAUGCCACAAAAUAAAUAUCUAAUCCUCCAGUAGCUAUAGAAUUUGUAAGAUAUGACCAUGAAACAGCUCAAUAUUGCCACUAUGGACUAAAACCACCUAGUGGAAUUAUCCAUCAUAAUUUCUUUGCUUACAAGAAUUGAUUCACUGCCCUCCCUCCUGGUAUAAUAAUUUGUUAUUACAAAAGUAUAAUGCCACAAAAUAAAUAUGAAGUCCUCCAGUAGCUAGAGAAUUUGUAAGAUAUGACCGUGAAAUAGCCCAAUAUUGCCACUACCAACUAAAACCUCUUAGUGGAAUUAUUCAUCAUAAUUUCUUUGCUUACAAGAAUUGAUUCUAAAUUGUUAUAUGAUAAUCUUAAUCAGACACAUGAUUCUCACUUAUGAUGGAGGACAGAUACAUAGAUGAUGUCACCAUCAACAACAUUUUACUGUUUUAUCAUGUUGCUGUACGUCUGUAUAGUAAUAGAUUGCAGAAAACAUCAAAAUACACUAAGAACAUUAUAUUCUCUAUACUGUUCUCUAUACAUUUCCUAAGGUGCUGACAAGGAUAGUUAGCUUAAUGAUUAAAGUUCUCCCCUAACUUGUGCGCUAUGCAUAUAAUGUAAAAGUUCAGGUUGUCAUUUAUUCAGUUUUGCUGCAAAUUGAUAUUAAAUAUUUUAUUGUUGGUAAUGGGAGAAAAUUAAGACUCAAUACCUGCCAAAUCUCAAAAGAAAGUGUUCCAAUUGAUAACUUUUAAAAGUUAACCUCACACAUUAAAUUUGAUUCAUUGUUUGUCAGUCUAAUGACAUGCAAAUUGAUGAGAAUCUUGUCACACAUUGCAUACUGCUCAAUUAAAUUACACCUUUCUUUUUUCCAACUUCAAUAAAAGCUUCAACACAACGAUCAAUCUCCUCUGUGCUGUGUGCAGCAGAGAUCUGAACCCGAAUCCUUGCUUGACCUAGGUAUAAUAUAAAUUUAGAACAAAAAUGUUAUUAAUAAA